GCUAUUCCUCGGAUAACAACAAAGCUAUCAAGAGUCUUGCAUCUUACAUCCACACGUUUACCGCUGGAUCGAGUAAGUGAUAGGGAAGUAUUCACGUGCUAAAGGGGACUUUAGCGAACGAAGUAGGGACGACUUUCAAGGCGCAGUUCUUUCUGGAUGAUUCGGUUAGCUGUCUGCGUUGACGUCUCCUCAGUCGCUUCAGACACUCUCGAUUUGGCUUACCAAGUGUCUCAUAGUCCGCCGUGGCGACUUGAGUGGCUCACUCCUUGGAUACAAAAUGUCGAGUCUCUCCGAGGUGUCAACAAAUACCCGCAAAUACGUGUAUCCGCAUUACUUCUCACAAUUUGGUGUUUGGUUGUACGGACGCUUGUUUCAUAGGAAGUCAAUUUCCGUUUAGAGCAUCAUGUUCUAUUCCCAAAUUAUCUUGGCCAAGAAAGGCCCCCUCGGGAAGGUCUGGAUGGCAGCACAUUGGGGGGACAAGAAAUUGGGUCGUCCGCAGAUAUUUGCGACCGACAUUUCGGCUUCGGUCGACAGCAUUGUCCAUCCGCAAGUGCCUCUGGCGUUGCGUGUUUCGGGACACUUGCUGCUUGGCGUAGUUCGCAUCUAUUCACGCAAGGUGAAGUACCUUAUGCACGAUUGCCACGAAGCGAUGGUCAAGAUCAAAAUGGCAUUUCGCCCUAGCCAGGAAAAGAACGCCGCGAUUGAUUUGCCAAGCAACCUCAAAGAAAGUUCCAAUAUGAACGUGGCAAACUUUGGGGAAUACCACGAAGUAGUCUUUGAAAUCACGGAUGCACCGACCGGGUUCCAACUGCCUUUCGAAAUCAACGACGAUGCGGCCGCGGAAGACUGGGUACCGGCUGAUUUGGAUGAAACGCAUGAAAUUGUCACAGGCUUGCAGGCUGAGCUCGGGGAAUACGGCUCACCGCGGGAUGCUGCCGCCGCCGCCGUCAAUAACACUUUGAAUGAUUCCGAACUCACCGACAUGCUCAAUCGUGGACAAGAUGAAGCCUGGACCGCGUGGAAUGUAGACGAAGAGGGAGAGGAAGUACCCUUUCAAGAUGAUAGUCAUGUCUCGGAUAUCGAAAUUACACGAGCGGCAAAUGAUUCGAUUUCGUCUGAAGCUCAGAUUGGUCGAGCCUCUAUUUUGGACAAGCCAGUCAACAGUUCUUUGGACAGUAGCAAGAUGAAUCUCACAGCCGGUGGUCUCACGGAUCAAAACGAGUUUCCUAUUGCGGACGACACCGAGAUGAUACCAUUUGACGAUGAAGACGACACUCGUCAUGAUAUUCGCAACGCAAGUCUCAACCUUUCUGUAUCCCGAGACGGUAGUGCCGGAAAUGCCACUGUCGCUAUUGGUGGCCUAGACGAUUCGCAAGAUUCGGCAGUGAAGGGCUCUGUGGGUAACAAGCGAGCAUCGGUAGCCCCGAAACGCCGGACUCGCAAGCGCCGCAAGGUUGUGGUGGACAACGACGAUACAGAGCUGCCGAAUAAACACAUCAAGGAUAUGCUGGCGGACACGAGUGAUAUCGUUCUGCAAAACGUCGUUCAUCCGGCUACUUGGGUUCCUGGUCAGGACAAGGCAAGCCACAAACGCUCCGCUCGGGACUUACUAUUUGUACAUCUCUCGUACGAAAAAAUCUUGGCGCGACCCGCUCUGGGAGACGAUGGGCAGCUUGCUCCCGAACUUCUUGCUCUAUGGGCGAAGAAUACAGCACCCGUCGUUGGAAAACCUUUUCCUUAUGAGCUUCGCGUUGGCGCGAACGAGGAAGAUGAAAGUGACGAGGAUGAAUCAAUAGAAGAACCGCGACGGCGUCAGAGCCACGAAGCGGACCCCGACCGUCUUCUCGAAACGCGACAGGUGCAGCUGCAAGAUAUGCACGAAUCUGGUUCUAUAGUGAAUGACGACGAGCCUACGCCAUGGGACGAUCAGGACGAACUUCCUGGUCCUAUGGAUGACAGCCGCGAUGAAGAGCACCUAAUGAAUAUGAGUGGAGACGGCAGCGAUCAACCACUUAUCUUCUUGGGUCACACGAAUGCGGCCCUUGAUGUAGAAAUUGAGGAUGAGGAAGACACGCCUCGGCAAGGAGGUGGAGACUCUCUUGUUUCAAGCAAUUCCAAGUGGCACAAACACACAAUCUCGGUCUUCAACAUGCUGAAGAAAAAUAUUGCUUCCGAAAAUGUUGACGACCAAAAUAGUGUUGGCGAGCCGAAAACCACCGAGCUCUCAUAUACAAAAUUGAGUAGGGGUGUAGAUCGCCGCACAGCCGCUGGUGUAUUCUUGGAACUUUUACAGCUUAAAACGUGGGACUACAUUGAGCUGAACCAGAAUGAGAGCUACGGGGAUAUUAGAAUCUCGGCUGGUAUCAAAUUUUCUGAGAACCCUCCUUCCAAUUGA